ACCCUGCAUCUUUACAAACCACUAUCCAAAGUCUAAGAUUAUUUCUCCACCGUCUGUCUUGUGAGAUCAAUGGCUGAGAGUGUCGUUCUCUUGGACUUCUGGGUUAGUGCUUUUGGGCUGAGGGUCCGAAUCGCAUUGGCUGAGAAGGGCGUGGAAUACGACUACAAGGAACAGGAUCUUUCCAACAAGAGCUCUCUCCUCCUUCAAUCUAAUCCCAUCCACAAGAAGAUCCCUGUCCUCAUCCACAACGGAAGGCCCAUCUGUGAAUCCCUCAUCAUCGUCCAAUACAUCGAUGAGGUUUGGACGGACAGAUCACCGUUGAUGCCCAAAGAUCCUUACCAACGGGCCAACGCCAGGUUUUGGGCUGACUACAUAGACAAGAAGAUAUAUCCAAGUGCGUCAGGAAUAUUUAGGAAUAAAGGCGAAGCUCAGGAAGCAGCCACGAAGGAAUUUAUUGAGAGCUUGAAAGUGUUGGAAGGCGAGCUCAAAGAGAAGCCAUUUUUCGGGGGUGAUACCUUUGGGUUGGUGGAUAUUGCCCUCAUUCCCUUUUCUGGUUGGUUUGACAUGUUCAAGGCUUAUGGGUAUUUGAAUAUGGAGGAGGAAUGCCCGACACUGAUGGGUUGGGUGAAGAGGUGCAUGGAGAAGGACAGUGUGUCGAAGACUCUUCCGGACCCACACAAGCUCUAUGAAUUUGUGGAGUCCAUGAGGAAGAAAUUUGAGAAUCAAUAGAAGUGGAAGAUUAAAACGAGAGUGGAAGGCUUUUAAAAAAUAGCAUUUGAAAUAGAGACUUGUUUUACCUCUAUAUCUUUGGUUAUGCCUGUUUUUUUUGCCAUCAUCUAUUGAAUAAGCGAUGAUCAAAUGGUUCUUCUUGAGAGAACCAUUGGUUCAUGUUAUUCCGUGUAAUUGAAAUAAUUAGAGUUUGGAUUUUAGGGAUGAGGAAUCUAUUUAUAUUUGCAUUUAGCACAUUGCCAUCCAUAGAUGAUAAUAUUCAAAGUAGAGAUGUGUAUUUCCUCUAUUUUUUUGUUGUGUCUGUUUUAUUUUCAUAUUUAUGGCAUGUAUUAAAAAUAUUAGGCACUUUGAUUAUAGU